GAGACUGGUAUACCGUAUAGUGCACACACACGCACAGACACGGAAUCGGUUGAAAGUGGUGAGGAGGAUUAUUCCCUUUAAAGAAAAGCGUACGGCAAGUCUUGUGCAUCAGUUGAAGAAGUGCUAGCCGACCGACGACGGCAUUUCACGGUUAUUUCACAUCACUAGGAAUCGACACACAGUUUAACAUUUCAGCAACGACAUUUCCCAUUUAAUCUCGCGUCCACUUCCCGGCCUUACAUGAGCACAGCAGAAGGGCGAUGACCGAUGUGAGCCGGACGGAAGAGUCAUCAGACGAACGCUACCGUUGCUGCUGCUGCUGCUGCUAAGGUAGAAGAAGGAAGAGGGGGUAGGUUAGGUGAGGUGUGCAAUGACUCGCGUCGUCGCAUCACCACUGCCACCAUCCAUCAUCACAACCGUCGCCACUGGCCUUUUGCUCCUGGCCCUCGGUGUCGACCUGCCGGACGGGCUACGACGGCCAAUUUGCAGCGCGUCGGCCCCUGUGACGACGGCAUCCGUGCGCUUACGUCAUCACUCGUCAACAACAGUCAAAACCUCUUCCAUCAUAGCGGCUGACGUCACCGCUGCUGGCAACCAGUCUUCGUCGUUGGUUGCUCACAACAACAACAACAACAACAACAACAAUGGGGCGACCAAGCGCGGAGGACGAAUGGAACGGCGCAAUCGCCAACAGCAACAAGACAAAGACGAUUUGUCACUUUGGAUCGAUCAGCAACAAGUCAAAAUGUUCUCAGGUUUUCCCAUGGAGAUAUACAUAGCGGCAGAAGGCCGAGUCUUGUCUUACAUUCUGGAUCCCAACUUUGAAAAGUACUUGCCCGUCAUACCAUCGGAGGUAGGCUAUGUUAAUUUCACGUGGAAAUCGGGCGAGCACAAAAAGUACUACUACCAUUUCGAUCGUCUUCAAUCGUUCAACGAGGACAUUUUGCAACCGCCGACCGUCUCGGUGGAGAUACGUGGACGCGUUCCGCGCAAACCCAAAGUGUUUAGCGUUCUGCUGCCGUGCUCUGGCAAUUCGAGCGGAGUCGCCUCCUUCAGUAUCGGCUUGCUGAUCGAGUCGCACAAAGGCAAACCGCUUCCAGGUACUCCGCUUCGCUUGAGGCUCCGUAAAGAAUGCGCCGAACGAGUGACUCAAGUGAGCGACGGCGGGGGUGCGUUCCGUCCCGCCGCUGGUGCCCCCCACCAACACCACCACCACCACCACCACCUGGUCCCGUCCCCGCACGCUUCCACCUCAUCCGCAUCCGCUUGGCCUCCGCUGUCUUCGCUUCCAGAUCCGAACUUGCUGGUGACUCACGGUCAGACUGGAAGACUAGCCGCUUCGAACUCAGCUGCAUCGAACGUCAACCGUUCCCGACUUGCAUUCACCGGCUUGCGUCACGUAGGUCCAGAUCCAGAGUGUGACAAAAAAUGUGCCAAUGGAGGCUGGUGUAAUCACGAGAAGAUUUGCCAAUGUUUGGAAGGAUACAUGGGUCAACAUUGCCGCACAGCUCUCUGUUAUCCGCAGUGCAUGAACGGCGGAAGUUGCACCUCACCCGGAAUGUGCAGCUGCCCAUCUGGAUUUCAGGGCCACCAUUGCGAAGGAGGUAUAUGCAAAGACAAGUGCCUCAAUGGCGGGAAAUGUAUACAAAAGGAUACUUGUGAUUGUCCCAAAGGAUUCUAUGGCCUACGCUGCGAGUUCAGUUUGACAGCAAAGUGCGUGAUACCGUGCUUGAACGGUGGGCGCUGUAAGGGCGUCAACAAAUGUCGCUGCUCACCCGGUUUCAAAGGGGACCACUGCGAGGUGACUCCACCUGGACGUCUGGCCCAGCGGCACCUGUGCCAGCGCCCUUGUCGACACGGAACCUGCGUUGGCCAAAACCGCUGCCUCUGCCAUGAGGGCUGGCACGGAAAGUUAUGCCAUCGAAAUCGCCAACACAAUUCGACAGAAGAAAGAUCAAUCACCCGACGUCGUAAAGUGUGGGUUUAAUCAAAUACACCAACAUAUUCACGUUUCCAAAAGUAAAAAUGCAUUGAAUGGAAUAUACGAUGUAAGCAAAUGCAAUGUUCAUUUAAGGUCCAGUGCCAUAUAGUGUUUUUCGAUGAAAUGGAUGCAUUAUAACAUAACAAACAAGAUUAAUACAUUAUAUUUGUACAGAA